CACUUGUCGACUCCAAGAGAAGAGAUCUCGUGAUCAAUACAGUCCUCCCCCCUCUGAACACAGCACUGUCAUUGUCCUUCCCAAAGUUGCUUCCCUUGGUGUUCCUGCUCGCCAAAGGCCAUGGCAUCCCAAACCCAGGGUAUUCAGCAACUGCUCCAAGCCGAGAAACGGGCGGCCGAGAAGGUCUCCGAGGCCCGGAAGCGUAAGAACCGUCGAUUGAAGCAAGCCAAAGAAGAGGCUCAAGCCGAGAUCGAGAAGUAUAAGGCGGAACGCGAGAAGCAGUUCAAGGAUCAUGAAGCCCGCCAUGUGGGCUCCCGAGGGGAUAUCGCGGCUAGGAUUGAGGCGGAUACCAAGACCAAGAUCGUUGACAUGAACAAAUCCGUGGAUACGAACAAGGAGAAGGUCAUUGGUCAACUCAUUGACAUGGUGUGUGAGAUCAAACCCGAGGUCCAUAAGAACUUCCGGGGAUAAUCGGAUAGUUGGAUGGAUCGAUAGGCAUGAUUUGGGCCACACCUAUGGUAGCUCCCACCAUUUGGUUCGAUGAGCGUGGAAUGAUCUGUGUUUUAUUGUUACAUUCUAAUUCUAUUGUGAAUAAACCAUCAAUUAGUUCUUUGAAAAAUGAAA